UAUCGUAUUAUAUAUAAUUAACCCUUUGAAAUUACUUACUAUUAGAUUAGAGAAGGAGAGGAAUUCGGCAUAUCCACAUCCCGUUUGGAAUAAUUCUCCAUCGCUUGAUUGAGAUGACGGAGAUAGAGAAAUCUUGGAAAACACCAAUAGAAAUAGACGGAGAAUCCAUUGAAAUCACCCUAAGGCCAUUGGAAAAAUCAGAUGAAGAAGAUUUCUAUGAGUCGUCAACAGAAGAUAAAAUCACCCGUUUUUGCACUGUGGAAACUUACAUUCGCAAAUAUAACCACUAUUUAAAAUUUAGCAAAUAUAGAGACAUUCCCAAACCAUGGUUCAGAGUAAUCAGCAUGAAUAAAAAGGCUAUUGGGUUCAUUUCUGUAAGUCCAAAUUCUGGUUUUGAUGAAUGCAGAGCAGAACUUGCAUUUGCCUUGUCUUACAAAUAUUGGGGCAAAGGAAUUGUCACAACAGCAGUGAAAAUGAUGGUUUCUAAGAUUUUCUUAGAGUGGCCAUAUUUGAAAAGACUUGAAGCUAAGGUUGAUAUGGAAAAUAAAGGGUCAAAAAGGGUAUUGGAAAAAGUUGGAUUCUUGAAAGAAGGAGUUUUAAGAAAGUACAUGGUAGUGAAGGGGAUAACAAGAGAUAUGGUGAUGUUUAGCCUUCUAAAUACAGAUUCUCAUCUACCUUAGUUACUUUAGUAAGAGUUUAAGUUAUGUGCACUGCUAGUAAUAAUAUUUUUUAGGCGUUCAGAUGAAUUGGAUCUCUUCAAUUUAUAAAUUGGAUAUAAUAUGUUA